UUUCCUACCCCGCAGCUAGCAUCAAAAAUCAAGACGCUUUCCUUACCCACUUGUUCCCGGCAGUUUAUUCUCCUUGACCUGAAAGUCGUGCUCCGUCCACAGAUAACAAAUUAAUUGGGAACCAGCUUGCACCAUCGGAUCCUCCAGCAUCACAAACAUGGCACAAUUCGGUUUCCUUACAUACCUACGCCUAAAAUUGACCGUCACCCUGAUUCGAAUGAUAGCUCGCGUAAUCGCUUUCUCCUCUAGACGGCGCGACAAGGCUAUCGCAGAUGAGAUAGAUGUCCAACGACGACGCGUGGCAAUACCGUCACGGGACAGAGGACGCUUCAUCGACGCAGACUUCUACUACCCACCUGGACACUCAGCAUCCUCGCUGGCCACGUCCAAAAAACCAGUUCUAGUCAAUUGGCACGGGAGCGGAUUCAUAAUCCCAAUGCUAGGCAGCGACAUGUUAUUCUGCAGCCGCAUGGCGCGUGAUAUGGGAAUCAUCGUGAUAGACGCAGACUACCGCAAAGCGCCCGAGACCCCGUUUCCCGCUGCGAUCCAAGACGUGGAGGAUACGUUGAUAUGGAUCGCGGCGCAACCAGGGCGGUUCGAUUUAUCUCGCAUUGCCGUCUCUGGCUUCAGCGCGGGUGCGAAUCUCGCACUCGUUGCGGCAUCAGCGGUGAAGAAGACGCUGCUCGACCUCACGGUUCCCGUUGUGAUUGCUAUAUACCCAGUCACGGAUUUCACGAUUGCGCCUGAUGCUAGAGCGGUGCCGAAGCCAAAGAGUCCAUUACCGCCUUUCAUGUUCCGCUUGUUUAAUGAUUGCUACACUCCCGACGUAGUCUCAAGAAAGGAUCCACGCGUGUCGCCGUCCAAGGCUGACACGGCGGAUUUUCCGCCAACUGUGGCUAUUUUGACGUGUGAGGGCGACACAUUAAUGCCCGAGGCGAGAGACUUGGCGAAUCGGCUAGAUGAUGGGAAAAGGAAGGUCGUCAAUCUCACUCUUGAGGAUGCUCAUCAUGGCUUCGAUAAGGGUUGUAAGAAGGGGACCCAUGAUUGGGAUCUGCGCGAGGAGGCAUAUGGAUUGAGUGUUAAGACGCUGAGGGAAGCGCUAGGGUUGUGA